GCUGAUAGUAUUUCGUUGAAGCGCUUAGCAGAAGAACGCAAAGCCUGGAGGAAAGACCACCCUUUUGGUUUCGUCGCUAAACCGGAUAAGAAUCCUGAUGGCUCACUGGAUUUGAUGACUUGGACGUGUAGCAUUCCCGGGAAGAAAGGGACGCUCUGGGAGGGGGGUCUUUUCAACCUAAGAAUGUACUUCAAGCCGGAGUACCCAACUACUCCGCCCAAGUGCAAAUUUGAACCGCCGCUUUUCCACCCAAACGUAUUCCCGUCAGGAACUGUUUGCUUGUCUCUUCUGGAUGAGGAAAAACACUGGCGCCCUGCGGUUACUAUAAAACAA